UCUUCCCUGCUCCCCAUCCCUCCUUCUGAGCCGCACUUUCACACAUCCCCCCUUCUCUCUCUUAUUCCCUCUUUUUCCCCCUCCCUGCUGCCUCCUCUGCUCCCUCCCUGUACCCCCUCCCUGCUCUCCUCCCUCCUGCCUCUGCUGCUUUAUUUCUCCAGCUUCCCAGCUCUGGAGGCAGAAUAUCUCAGUGCCCUGGAAGGACACACAGACGUUUGCAAGAAGACUGCAGUGUGGUGCUUCCCAUUUGCUUGAACCCCCUACCCCUCCUUUCAAGGCUUUCUCCCCCAGCAGAAGAGAGAAGCACACUGCAAGACUUGGCUGAGACAGGGAAACCCCAGCAAACGAUUUAAGGAUUAGAUGGGGGAGAUGCCAGAUCUGGAGGGGGUGUCUAUGUAAAGAUGUUCAGAAGAAGCGACUGCUGCACCCACUCCAGGGAUCCAUUGCUCCCCGUCCCUCUGCGCCAACAAGAAACCGGAGAGUGACAAGUAGAAGAUGCCCACUCAAGGAUUAGGACAAUGGGCCCAAAGUGAAAACCUGACCUGCUGUUAGAACUUGGAAAGCGGUGUGACAUUACUGCAUCUUAUGGUACAGAGCCAACAACAGAAAAUAAAAGGCUCAAUGACUUUUUUCCAGCCAUGCAAUGUUCUUGGAAGGCUAUCAUCUUACUAGCCCUGGCCUCCAUUGCUAUCCAGUACACAGCAAUUCGUACUUUCACUAGCAAAUCCUUCCCCAUGUGUCCAGUUCCUAAUCCGGCCAACUGUAGCCUUGGCUUAGACCCCACAGACUCCCCAGACAAAUUGUGUGAGGACAAUCAACUGCUGACCUCCAAUUUUUCCAGGAAGAUACAUAUUCUUAUCUUGGCGACCACCCGCAGUGGAUCUUCCUUUUUAGGUCAACUCUUCAAUCAGCAUUCUGAUGUCUUCUAUUUGUUCGAGCCUCUCUACCACGUUCAGUAUACACUGAUCCCAAAAAUGCCACAGAAUAAGAGCCCUUCUGAUCGACGAGUUAUGUUGGGGGCCAGUAGGGAUCUUUUGAGGAGCCUUUAUGAUUGUGACCUCUUCUUUUUGGAAAACUAUAUUAAACCUCAGCCUGUAAAUCACACAACUGAUAAACUUUUCAGGAGGGGAGCAAGCAAGGCUCUUUGUUCCUAUCCUGUCUGUGAUGCAUUAGGGCCUACAGAUAUCUAUUUAGAGGAAGGUGAUUGUGCUAAGAAAUGCAACAGCUUGAAUUUGACACUGGCUACGGAAGCUUGCAAGGAUCAUGGACACAUGGCUAUCAAAACAGUUCGGGUGCCUGAAGUCAAUGACUUACGAGCUUUGAUAGAAGAUCCCCGGCUAAAUUUGAAGGUAAUCCAGCUAGUAAGGGACCCCCGAGGCAUAUUAGCUUCUCGUAGUGAGACCUUCCGGGACACAUACAGACUGUGGAGGAUCUGGAGGGCCACUGGACGUAAACCAUACAAUUUAGAUGUUAGCCAACUGACCAUGGUUUGUGAGGACUUUAUAAAUUCUAUCUCCACUGGAUUUAGCCGACCCCCAUGGCUGAAGGGACGAUAUAUGCUUCUAAGGUAUGAGGAUGUGGCCCGUAAUCCUAUGAAAAAGAUGGAAGAGAUCUAUGAUUUUGUAGGCAUCCCGUCAGAUGGAAAUGUGGAGAGAUGGAUCCUGAAUAAUACGCGUGGCGACCUGUCGUCGGCCAGACACAAGUAUGGAACUGUUCGAAAUUCUGCAGCUACAGCAGAAAGCUGGAGACUAACAUUGUCUUAUGACAUUGUCGAAUUCACCCAGAAUGCCUGUGGAGAUGUCCUAACGCAACUAGGGUACAAGACUGUUGGCUCAUCUCAGGAACUGAGAAACAUGACCUUCAGCCUAAUCGAAGACAGAGCUUUUACGCCUUUUUUGUAAUGUCUUUAUGUGUUUUAUCUCCUUUCUCCGAACUCGUUAAUGGUGUUGGAAAACAGAAAGAAGCUUGGAUGAGAACAAUCAAUAUAUUUUUUUUGAUAGGUGUCACCUACACUUACACUUUUUCCUCUCUGGGGAACAAGUUGCACUAAACAGAGGGUUACGUAAUCAAGCACAUUUAAUAGGAAAGAGAAGAGGAGACUGCGCCUCUGAUCUUGAAACUUGAAGCCGUUGCCAGUACCUCUAGCACUGAAUGAAUGCCCCGCAUGAUGCUAGAGGAACCACAAACUCUUCUACAGCUCUCCAGAUAACAGACGUUGAAAGGACCAUUAGCGGUAGUGCAUUGUAUAUGUCUUCACAGCGACAGCAGGUUAAACAGAAGGACAAUUUUAAUGGGAAGACGAUGUUCUCUAACAAGGGGUGGGAACGCCGACACAUUAUCGAGCAGGUUGCCAAGUCCCCACUGUUGCUAGUUUCUCUGGCACAAUGUCAGUCGGAGACCCUGUGGGGCUGCAGAGGGUGUUAAAUGUUUACAGAAACCAAAACACAAGACAAAGAAAAAUGUUGUUCUUUGGGAUAAUAACGUUAUUAGCUGUCUACUCUCCCAGUUGGACACCAGGUGUGGGAAUUUGCACAAGUUUUUUCAGAUCAUGUUGUAUUAUUUAUAAAUGUUUAUAAACAGGGAUGCAUUGAAGAGUAACAUGGGCUGCUUAUUGUGUCAUUGCCUUUCUUCCUUUCUUCGGGGGCUGGAGUGGGAUAUAAUAGGUGAAGGGGUGGUAAACCCAAACAUUAUAUAUUGCAUAUAUAUCAUUCCAUUUAAUCAAUGUAGCAGAAGCCAGCUAAUUCCCAGACCUGUGCUGUGCAUGUUGUGGGGAAAAGAGUCUUGGCUUCUGCUGCACUCCUGUUUCAAGAGUCAGAACCAGCAGUGCAGAAAGAGAUUGGCAAAUGUGGCUUUCUAUUGCAAUUACUUAUACAGAGAACUUUAAAACAUCUUUGAAAUGUUUUUAAUGAAUGUACAUUGGAAAGUUGAUUAAAUUGACAUUUUCUCUUAUCAUUA